GUGCAGAAUGGCUUCCUCUUCUAUCCCCAUGACGACGGAAGCGUGAUCAAGUUCGUCCAUUUUUGAUGACGUACCAGAAUGUUGCCUCUCUGGCGUCCUAGUUACAGUGCCAGUGGAUUUUGCUUGUUGUAGGCGGCGAGGCCACCGGGCAGAGGGCUGUGUUUCUGAAACACUUAGCAGUGUCACAUAAAACACGUUUGCUCAUGUGCAAUCAUUGCAGCUGAUUGCUGUGUGCCUCCUUAGUUUCCUGACAACACCCCCCUGGCAAGUGGCAUCUUGAUCUCUCCCUAUGUCUGCCAGAAAGGCAAGAGGGCCCCUGCAGUACACCCUGAGGGUAACUGAUGACCUGAAGAGACAGUUUGACGACUUGCUGCGGGAAACAUUAGAAAAAGAUGUUUUAAAUCCUGUGGCUACAAGGGAAUUUUACCAAAGAUGUGUACACCUAAACACCCUUGUAGAAAAAAACAGAGAAGCUCUUGACAAGUUAAAAAAAGCUGAUGAACCAGCCCCUGUAGGGAAUUAUGAGCAGAGAAAGCAGGAAGAAGAACAGAGGCUGACUAAACUUUCUCAUCAGCUGCAGGAACUUGCAAAAACUCUGCAACAGGGAGAUGAACAGAACCACCAGACAGAAAAGAUGAGCAAUGAGGAGGAAGAAAGUGAAGAGGAAGAGGAGGAAGACAAUGAGGAAGAAGAAGAUGAGGAGGAGGAUGACGAAGAGGAGGAAGAAGAAGAUGAAGUUGACUCAACCAUCAAAGAGUACAUUACGCUGGGAGAUUUCCAGGCCCAGCAAAAAGAUGAUUUAACUUUUAAGAAAGGCCAAGUAUUGCAUAUUCUGGAUAAAAAACUUGAUGGCUGGUGGAUUGCUGAAGAUUCUAAAGGAAAUAAAGGCCUUGUACCAAAAACAUACUUACAGGUGUACAAAAGUGGGGAUCCAAGCGUAGAUCAGAGUGAGGAGGAAAGUGAAGAAGAUGUGGAAGAGACAGAAGAUGACAAAACAAUUACCAUGCAGAGCAAACAAGCAGAAGAUACCAUUUCACAGCUAAGUUCUUCUAGAAAGCUCAAAGAGAUGAGUUCAGUUGAUGCAUUGGUCACAAUGGGCACAAUCCCUUCUGGCUUUCGUUUUUCAACCCUGGCACAACUUUUAAACCAAGGUGAACAGUACAGAACAUAUACAUACCUUCAGCCUGAUCUUAACCCUUCACAGCUGGCUUUUAAAGAUUUGAUAUGGGACAGAGACACAUGUGGUAUUCAAGCAUUACCAAGCCGCAUCUCUUUGAUAGUAACCUUGUGGAGCUGCAAAAUGAUUCCUCUGCCUGGGGCAAGCAUUCAGAUACUUAGCAGACAUGUGAGACUCUGCCUGUUUGAUGGUGCUAAGGUCUUGAGCAACAUUCAUACAGUGAGAGCUACAUGGCUACCCAAAAAUGCAAGAACAUGGACGUUUUCUCCGAGGGUGACGGGUAUUCUUCCCAGCAUCCUGGAUGGUAAUUGUUUUGUGAGAUCUGACAGCCAGUCUCCAGAGAUCGGAAUUCUAUUUGAACUUGGAGUCACCUACAUCCGCAAUUCAACCGGUGAGAGAGGAGAGCUGAGCUGUGGCUGGGCUUUUUUAAAGCUUUUUGAUACCAAUGGGAUUCCCUUACCUGCAAGGACAUAUGAGCUUACCUUGUAUGGUGGAACACCGUAUGAAAGAGGAGUCGAAGUAGAUCCAUCUAUUGCAAGAAGAGUGAACACAGGAGUUUUUCACCAGUUGAGGACCCAGAGAAAACAGCCUCGGCUACUUGUGAAACUUAGAACCCUGAACACUGCACAGAGAAACAUGCUAAACAUGCUUCCUCAAACAAUAAUUGGUAGCAGCGGUCACCUACCUACACUGGUGUACUAUCGGGAGAUACUUGGUGACGCACUUCUAAAAGAAAGGAAGAAUAUGCAGAAUGCAGACCUCAUUUGCCAUCCUUUACUUGCCACAUUUCCCAGGCUGAUGGAGCAGCCCGAUAUUCUGGAUGCUGUCAGGAGUGGAUGGGCAGAGAAAGAAAACUCCAUGAAAAGAUCAGAAAAGAGGGACAAAGAGUUCAUGAAAAAUGCCUUCAUCAGUGUCUAUCACAACAUUGCCUACCCUCUCCUGGAAUCAACAUUUCUGCAGGAAUCCAAAUGGGCGGAAGAUGAAACAGAGGCUGCCCGGUGGAAAGUGAUCGCUGAGUUCCUCCGACAAAACCGUGAGAAAAACGGGAGCCUUCACUUCCUGCUGUCUCCUGACAACCUUCACAAGCCAUUUGAUGUAUCUGAGAUAACGUAUGAUUUCCUUGGUGCGGCAAAGAAGUCUUCUGUGUCAUUAUGACCUCAAACUGGGGUUUCCGUGUAAUGCUCAAAUGUUCUUUAAUCAUUGUUUUUAUGUUUUUCUAAAUUGUAUUUUGAUGAAAAUCUGGUGUUAAUAAAUAGUUUUUUUUGAGAGUUA